CCGUCACGUGUUCUCCACGUCAUACGUCAACACGCGCUGCCUGGGCGAGCACGUGAAAUAUACGAACAUAUUAAAGCGCGUUAGAGUAACGUUAUUAUCCAGCAAACAGUGAAUCUGACGAAACUUUGUCAUAGAGCAGUGACUUCGUUCAAAACUGUAUCGCGAAUAAAGGACCAGAAGCGCCAUUCAGCAGCGGUCUAGCGGAAAGAGCUCGUGGUAAAACUUCAUAAAUAUAUUGAUGAUGGAUAAUCCUGAAGAAGAUUCACUGAACCUGCACGAAGAUGAAGAAAUCAUCGAGGUUAUUGAUCUCAGUGACACAGAACAGACCGCAGAGGAUCUGGCGGAGGAGCUGGAGGAUGUAGAUCUGGCGGAGGCUGGGAAUGUGGAUGAUGACGGAUGGGAGACGGAGGAUGAGAUGGAGUCUGAGCAGGACGACAGUGAACUGACCUUCUCCAAACACACGGGUUCUGUCUUUUGUGUCAGUUUGGACCCCGUGAGCAACAGUCUGGCUGUCACCGGCGGAGAGGACGACAGGGCCUUCGUGUGGAGCGUGUCUGAUGGAGACGUGCUGUUUGAAUGCACAGGUCACAAGGAUUCGGUCACAUGUGCUGCGUUCAGCUCCGACUCCAAGCUGGUGGUGUCUGGUGAUAUGAGCGGUCUCAUUAAGGUCUGGAACGUGGAGAACAAGGAGGAGAUCUGGUCUUUUGAGGUUGGAGACCUGGAAUGGUUGGAGUGGCAUCCCUGUGCUCCGGUGCUGCUGGCCGGAACAGCUGAUGGGAACGUCUGGAUGUGGAAGAUCCCGAGCGGAGAGUGCAAGACAUUUCAAGGGCCCAACUGCCAGGCGACUAGUGGGAAGAUCCUUCCUGACGGAAAGAGAGCAAUUGUGGGCUACGAGGACGGAAGUUUACGUCUGUGGGACUUAAAACAAGGCAAUGCCGUUUAUGUCAUCAAAGGUCAUGAUGGUCAUCAGGGAGCGCUGACCUCUAUAGCGUGUAAUAAAGAGGGAUCGCUGGCUCUGACCGGGUCAGUGGAUGGUCAGGCUAAACUCUUCAACACAUCCACAGGAAAGUUGUUAUGCUCAUUUUCCAAUGAAAACAAUGAAGCAAAGGACUCUAUGCAGGAGCAGGAUUCCAACUCUGUUGAAUCUGUGGGAUUUUGUAAUGUGUUACCCCUAGUUGCUGUUGCAUAUUUGGACGGCACCCUGGCCAUUUAUGAUGUUAUUUCACAGAGCCUCAGACAUCGGUGUAAACAUGAGGUGGGUGUAGUGCACCUGCAGUGGGAGGAGGCGUCAGCGGUCAUCUCCACCUGUAAUCUGGCUGGUGUGGUCACUCUGUGGGACGCCAGAUCAGGAGUCAUGAUGUCAGAGUACCGCGGACACUCGGCUGAGAUCCUCGACUUUGUGCUGAACAGAGACGCGUCAGUCGCCGUCACCGCUGGAGGAGACCAUAAAGCCAAAGUGUUCUGCCUGCAGAGACCCGACCGGUAGAGCCACGUUUUCAUCUGGAACCCAUUAGACUUCAGCAACUGCAGUACCUCCCCACACACACAGUUACCUGUAACCUGCAGCUUUUUAAAGUUUAGACAGAGCUGUGCAGUUCUGUCUUUGUCAUUCUUGUCAUGACUGUGUAAGUCUGAAAGAGCGAUUUCUUCUUGUCUUUUGCUUAGGCGAUAUACAGCUGUAAUUGGGCUGUCACAUACAUUUAUAUUGCCAAAUUAUGUGGGUUUUAUCUGUUCUGUUAAUGUUUAGUAAGACAAGUCUCAGUGCUUCAUGAUACAGUUACAUUCUUGAGAAAUGUUUGUCAGACGUUGAGAUCUGUUGCAGAGCUGUGAUGAUGAAAAAACAACAACAAGAAAACGACCUUCUACAAACUCUGAAGCGCGUGUUUCUAUAGACUGUAUGGUGAAGCACUGAGAUUUGUCCUCACAGAUAUGACUGAAAUAAUUAAACUUAUUAAUCUGAAUGGAAUGUCUACACUCAGUUGGACAUGCAGAGUAUUUAACAUUCAGGUCCAAUAAGUUCUUGGUAAAACAUGCACAUUUAAUCAUCGGUUCAGGUUUCUAGACCAUUCAACUGGAUGCUCAGAUUAAAGUUCUUCCCUUUUGCUAAUGUUAAGUGUCCGAUCACUGGUCAAGGAACAGCUUUUGUCUUUCUUCUCCGAGCAGUAGCUAUGAAUAAUUAGCAGUGAUGAAUUCACAACUGCCUGUGCACGGUCUUGGCAACAUUUCGGUGCUGAAUUGAUGGCCAUACAUUCUGUUGUGUUUAAUCAGUGUCAUGAGGGUUGUCAGCCUUAAUUUUCUUCCUUUAACAAGUUACAACAAUGUUUGAAAUGUGAUGUGUGAAUAAACACAACAGUGAUGUUAAA